AUGAGCCAGCCAUAUCAGUCCGGUGCACCCAGCGCUGGCGGCGCCGACUUCUUGCCAAGGCCGCGUCAGGAGAUGGAGUAUAUCUGUGCUGACUGUGGUGCUAAGAAUGAAAUAAAAUCUAGAGAACCUAUUCGCUGUCGAGAAUGUGGGCAUCGUAUCAUGUACAAAAAGAGGACCAAACGAAUGGUUCAAUUCGAAGCUAGGUAG